CACUCAAGCGCCGAUCAAUUACCCUUCUCCGAAAUUUCGGAGUUUUUCGGGAUAAUACAUUUUGUCGGUAAACAUCGACAUUUACACUUUCUUCCUAACCACCACCUUCUACAAUGGCUUCCUCUCUGUCCUCACGCUCAAUCUUGAAUGCUUCCAAAUCCCGAGCUGCUUGGGCUCGAAGCUCCCAGUUUUCCACGACGGCUGCUAAAAACUCGGCCUUGAAAGAAAGGUUGGCCCAGCUGAUACCUCAGCAACUAGAGCAUGUCAAAGCAGUCCGCGCUCAGCAUGGUUCAAAAUCUUUUGGUGAAGUCAAAGUUGACCAGCUAUAUGGUGGUAUGCGUGGUCUUCCGGCUCUUAUAUGGGAUGGUUCAGUUCUCGAUGCCGACGAAGGUAUCCGGUUCCGUGGAAAAACUAUCCCUGAAUGUCAAGAACUUCUCCCAAAAGCUCCCGGUGGUUCCGAACCGCUUCCGGAGGGUCUCUUCUGGCUUCUUCUUACCGGUGAGGUGCCUACACAAGAGCAGGUUACCGAGUUAUCCAAGGACUGGGCUGCCCGUGCUGCUAUUCCUUCUUUUGUCGAAGAAAUUUUAGACCGAUGCCCUCCUACCCUUCAUCCCAUGAGCCAGUUUAGUCUGGCUGUCACUGCUUUAAACCACAACUCCGCUUUUGCUAAAGCAUACCAGGACGGUAUCUCGAAGAAGGAUUACUGGGGUCCCACUUUUGAGGAUUCGAUGGACUUGAUCGCCAAACUCCCUAACAUCGCCGGCCGAAUUUAUCGAAAUGUUUUCGGUCAGGGCAAGCUUCCUGCCGUUGACCCUAGCAAGGAUUACUCCCAAAACCUUGCAACUCUGCUUGGCUUCGGUGACAACGAAAACUUUGUCGAGCUUCUUCGCUUGUACAUCACCAUCCACAGUGACCAUGAAGGUGGUAAUGUCUCCGCGCACACAGGUAAACUUGUCGGUUCUGCUCUCUCAGAUCCUUUCCUUGCCUUCGGUGCCUCUCUGAACGGUCUUGCUGGACCUCUUCACGGUCUCGCCAACCAGGAAGUUCUGCUCUGGUUGCGCAAAAUGCAAUCCAAAAUCGGAGAGAAUGCUAGUGAUGAGGCUGUCAAGGAAUACGUGUGGUCCACUCUCAAAGGUGGACAGGUCGUCCCUGGAUACGGACAUGCAGUCCUCCGCAAGACUGACCCGCGAUACACCGCUCAGCGCGAAUUUGCCUUGAAGCACCUUCCUGAGGACCCUAUGUUUAAGCUUGUUGGUCAAAUUUAUAACAUCGUUCCUGGUAUUCUGCUAGAGGCUGGCAAAGCCAAGAACCCAUGGCCCAAUGUUGAUGCACACUCUGGUGUUCUACUGACCUAUUAUGGUCUGACCCAGAUGCAAUUCUACACUGUUCUCUUCGGUGUGUCGCGUGCGUUUGGUGUUGCUGCUCAACUUAUCUGGGACCGUGCUCUCGGUGCUCCUCUCGAACGUCCCAAGUCGUACUCCACCGCUGCGAUCGAGAAAAUCUUUGCUAACAAGCAGUAAAAGUGAUAGGUCUUGACGGUACUCAAGACAUUUGAGUUCGCUUGUGUGUCGGUCGGUUGGGUCACAUGGAUAUUCAGUGCAGUGUUGGUGUUAUGUGCAGCACAAAAAUUAUGAUGUAAAUUUCGUAAAUAAUACGCUGCAAUAUUACAGCCUAUUACAGCCACAC